UAUUUUUUUGCAAGUGCCUUCAAAUUCAAUUGUUCCCACUCAAAUGAGGAACUUUAUCUUUAUCCGAAAGCAAUUGUCACGUUAUGUUAAGGGAAUCCAAGGAACUCAGAUAGAUAGGUGAAGCACAGCAACCAACCAUUCAUAUAAACAAAAGCCAGAAAAAACUAAUCUCCAUUAUUAAGAGCCAGCCAUUUUUAUUGUUGGAAACAAGAUACAGAAAAAGAAUCAGACCAGAGAGUGAAGAUGGCUGAGUUUGCAGUUUCGACUGUCGUCGAGAAGCUCACGAGCUGGAUCACUGAAGAAGCACUUCUCUUGGAAGGUGUGGGCGACAAGGUUGAGCAACUGCGAGACGAACUACGGUGGAUGCAAAGUUUCCUCAAGGAUGUAGAUGCAAAGCAAGAGAAGAAUGAAAGACUUCGCAUUUGGGUGUCUCAAAUAAGAGAAGUGGCCCUGGAUGCUGAAGAUGUUGUAGAAACUUACAUCGCCGAAGCAGCAUCUCACAGUUCAUGGAACAUACCUGCAAAGUUAAUCAAUCUUCACCAGGCAGGAAAGAAGAUUGAAAAAAUCCGAUCUAGGGUCCAAAAUAUUUCACGCCAAAAAGAACAUUUUGGAAUCACUGGCACUGCUCAAGAGGGACGUGAAGGGACGAGUGCUUCCCCAAAUGAAAGGCUACGAUGGUGGAGACAGACAUCGCCCAAUAUCGAGGAAGAUGAUUUGGUUGAUCUUGUAGAAGAUACCAAAGCAUCGCUAACACAACUGUCUAGCAUGGACCCGUGUCGCCGUGUGGUUUCUAUUGUGGGCAUGGGGGGUCUGGGCAAAACUACUCUUGCAAAAAAGUUGUACAAUCAUUGUGAUAUCACAAAACAAUUUGAUUGCAAAGCAUUUGUUUAUGUAUCUAAAGAUUACCGUAGAAGAGACACUCUGCAAAGGAUAAUUGUAGCUGUAAGUCCCGAUUGCAAUAUGGAGGAUUUGAAGAAACUAGAAGAGGAGGCAUUGAUAUCGAAGUUGCAUGAAUUGUUGAAGGAUAGGAGGUAUCUAGUGGUUCUUGAUGAUAUCUGGGAGAAGGAGGUUUGGGAUAGUAUGCAAUCUGCAUUUCCGAGUGCAGAGAUGGGAAGUAAGGUGAUGCUCACCACCCGAAAUAAGGAAGUUGCUUUAUAUGCAGAUGCAAGAAGCGAACCCAUUGAGCCACGAUUUCUCACACAAGAUGAAAGCUUGGAACUAUUCCGCAAGAAAGCACUCCCGGGAAUGGACCACAUGCCUUGUGAUUUGGAGAAACUCGGUAGAGAGAUGAUGGCAAAAUGUGGUGGUCUUCCACUAGCAGUGGUGGUGCUUGGAGGAUUAUUGUCCACAAAAAGGAAGACCGCGGAGGAAUGGAGAAGUGUGCUUCAAAACAUCACAUGGCGGCUGAUUGAUGAAGAUCGUGUUUCUGCAGUUUUAGCUCUAAGCUACAAUGAUUUGUCUUUCUAUUUAAAGUCUUGUUUUCUCCAUUUGGGUCUUUUUCCUGAGGAUUCCUCUAUAUCGAAAACAAAGAUGAUACACUUAUGGGUUGUAGAAAGAUUCUUACCACAACAAGGGGAAGAAACCGCAGAAGGUGUUGCUGAAAAUUGCUUAAAUGAGUUGAUUAAUAGGUGCAUGGUUCAAGUGGGAACACUAACCUCACUUGGAAGGGUAAAAACCAUUCGCAUGCAUGAUCUUCUCAGAGACUUGUCUAUCUCCAAGGGGAAAGAGGAAAGUUUUCUUGAAAUUAAUAGCGGGCAAGAAAUUGAAUCGCCAACGUCACAACAUACCAAAUGUCGAAGGCUUGCAAUCCAUGGUGAACAUGAUGAUCCGUAUGUUUUUCUAAAUCCGUAUGCCCCCUACUUACGGUCCCUUCAAUUUUUCAACAUAGGGUAUUCAAAAUUUGGAUUUAUUUUCAAAGAUUUCAAGUUGCUCAUGGUCCUAGAUGGUGUUCCCAUGCCAUCUCAGGCACUAAGUGCUGUAGGAAACCUAAUUCAACUGAGGUAUCUAGGAGUAUUAAUAAGAACAAAGAAGUUCAAAAAAGUCACUCUUCCUGAAUCAAUUGGAAAACUGAAGAAUCUACAGACACUUAAAGUCGAUUAUCAUGUUUCGUUUAGUGUACGUUUCGUAUGUUGGUGUUGUAUCCCCAAUGUUAUUUGGAAGUUGAAGAAUUUGAGACAUUUGUUACUCGUCCAUGGAGCCGGCGUAAUGAAUUUUAGAUUGAAUAAUACCUUAAACAAUUUAAGGACCCUAACAAAUGUAGGGGCUGGAAGAUGGAUAGAAGAUGGUCGUUUAGCCAGCAUGACUGGUUUGCGACGACUGAAGAUUGUACUACUAGAAAAAGGACAUUUAAAGUCGGUGCUUUCCAGCAUAGAGAGAUUGCACUGCCUUGAAUCCUUGUCGCUGGAAUUCCUGGUUAACCAAGUAUUUCCAACACCCAUAAGCCUUUCUCAUUUUGAGCAUCUCCACAAGCUCCAUUUGGAUGGGGUGAUCAAGAGGCUACCUGAGCCACAUGAAUUUCCACCGAACCUCAUCAAGUUUAGUCUGUUAAAUUCCGAUCUCGAGGAAGAUUCAAUAGUUAAACUUCAGUGGUUGCCAAACCUAAAGAUGCUUCUCUUGGGAUACAAUUCAUACAACUGGACAAAACUGGUUUGCUACUCGCAAGGGUUUCCUCAGUUGCACAUUCUACAUUUACUAUCUUUAGAGUAUUUGGAGGAAUUGAUAGUGGAAGAAGGGGCAAUGAUGAAGCUCAAGAAUCUUAAGAUAAGCCGCUGUCCAAGUUUGCGAAAGAUUCCAGAACGAUUUAAGUUAUUGACUACAUACUCUUGAAGGAAGGGGAAGGGGAUAUAUAUUGGUUGUAUUUUGUGGAGUUACUCGUGUCCUGACCCUGAGGAUGUUUUGUUCACUGCUGGCCUUGAUGUUUAUUUGCUUGCAUUGGAGUGAAGAGUUUGGGCUGCGAGCUUCUUCACUGGUCUGUCUAUUUCCUCCAGUUCUACUAGACAUUUGGGUUCUUGUUGCCUUUUAUUUUGCAGGUUGUUUGUUUGGCUUUUCCUAAUCAAAGUUUGUUGUUCGUCGAGUGUUAAUUUCUGAAAGAAAUUCUGUAUGCAAGUUUUACUUUUUAAUUCCCUAAUUGAGUUGAGGCGGGCUUGCUUUGUUUUGCUGUUGUUGUUCUUUUGUUUUUUCAAGCUUGCUGUUUGUUUGCUUCAGUUGAAGAUUAUGAGUCUUGAUCGAGGGCUGUAGAAUGAUGUGCUACUUAGUAAAAAGAAUUGUUUCUUGCA